AUGCUAGACAGCGGCAAUUGCUCAUCAGCACGAAAGGUUUUUUCAAGUUCGCACAAGCAACAUUAUGGCGCGAAAAAAGGAUCCUCAGCAGCAUCUCAGGCUUUCAUCUCGACCGCCAUAACCAUGCAACCAUCUUACCCCACACCCAAAAGAGGGGCAGCUCUCAUUCUAUCGUUUAGACUGCCAAACAAAACAGUUGUAAUACUGGGUUCGGGCAGCCUUGCUGCCACGAGAGCAUUCGCCGCUCUAGAGGCAGAUUCCUCUGUCAUUAUUUUGGCCAGAGGUGGAGUCAACUCCGCCUGCGAGGAGCUAAAGUGGAGGGCUCAACAAAAGCAGCUUCGAAUCGUUGAUUGGGAUGACCUGCCAAGUUCAAGUUCAUCGGAAGCCAGCAAUUACGGAGACAUUCUUGAUGCAUUUCUGGAGACGAUUCCCAAUGUAGCUCUCGCCAUCGUCACAGACACUUUAUCCACGAACCACACCCGCAAUCAUGCUUCUGCCCAGACGAUUUACCGUGUAUUUAAGGCCCGCAAUAUACCUGUCAACACUACAGACAUGAUAGACCUUUGCGACUUUUCAUUCACCUCCACACAUCGAUUCGAGCAUUAUGAAACAGGGCAGAAAACGUCGCUGCAAAUUGGCGUAACAACCAACGGUCAGGGGUGCCGGCUCGCUGCUCGCCUCCGACGAGAAAUUGUGGCAAAACUUCCGCGCGAGGUUGGGGCCGCUGUCGAGCAAGUCGGUCAGAUGCGGGCGAUGGCGAAAGGCGAUGCACCACUUCCGCCCAAUGAAGACAUAUCUAUCCCUGUCGACGAAGACAUUGACGAAGAAGAACUGGCAGAAGAUGGCGGUGUUCUGACUCCCAAUCGACCUGUGCCUUCGCGAAACAACACAGAGAACGCUGCAGAAACUAGGAGAAGAAGAAUCAAAUGGGUGGCACAGGUCAGCGAGUAUUGGCCAAUCUCCAAGCUCGCAUCAAUGUCGGAAGUGGAUAUGAAAGAUGUUCUUACGGCGAACCAAAACACCAUGUCGCUGAGUGGCGCUGCUAACAUUCUCGGCGCCCCUCAAGCCCAGAUGCCUUCGCUACAUUUCAAAUCUUUCCCAAAACAUGGGCGCAUAUUAUUGGUUGGCUCCGGACCUGGACAUCCUUCUCUCCUCACCAUCGCCACCCAUACUGCUCUCACGCAGUUGGCUGAUCUCGUACUUUCUGAUAAGCUUGUACCGGAUGCCGUUUUGUCCUUAAUACCGAAACAUGUCGAGGUCCGCAUUGCGAGAAAAUUUCCAGGAAACGCCGAAGGUGCACAAAUAGAGAUGAUGGAGGCGGCCGUUGAGGCAGCAAAACGAGGGUUAACUGUAGUCCGCCUUAAGCAAGGCGACCCGGUGGUGUAUGGACGCGCGGGCGAAGAGGUGCUUUACUUCCGUUCUCAUGGAUUCGAACCGCUUGUUGUACCUGGUGUGAGCUCCGCACUGGCUGCACCGACAUUUGCUGGGAUACCGGUGACGCAGCGUGGUGUCGCAGAGUCAUUUAUUGUAUGCACUGGUGUUGGUAGAAAGGGCAAAGAAGUCCAGCUGCCUGGGUACGAACGCGGUCGGACGCUUGUUGUCCUUAUGGGCGUAGCGCGCCUGCAGCAGGUCGUCAACACCCUCGUCGAUACAACGGACGCGGAAAAUCGUCGUGACGGGCCUGCAUAUCCUCCUCACUUACCUAUCGCAAUCAUUGAACGUGCUUCGAUGCCUGAUCAGAGGGUUAUCUCUUCGACUUUGAAGGAUAUUGUGCGGGCGCUUGAUAGCAACGGCGAACAACGGCCUCCGGGGAUGAUGGUCAUCGGAUGGGCAGUUUUGGCACUCAGUGGGCCGGGCGACGUGGGAGUGCUGGAAGAAGGAGCAGAACUAGACGACGAAGCGCGUGUGCGGAGGUGGUUAGGAGGACCUGAAAGCUUAAGUUGGAAAGUAAAAGAAGGCAUUGAGACAGGGUGGGAUAGCGUAUGA